AUUAUGUAGAGGAAGACUUUACGUUCAACUAGAAUUCCUCUGACAACUCUAUCACAAUCGAGAAUGAACCUCUAGCCAUUUUCGUAAUUUUCUUUAUCUUCUUCUUCUUCAUUCUUUAAAAUUUCUAACUUCCGUGUGCCCCCAACCCCACUUCUAAUUGCAUCCGCCAUGGCACAUCAAGCUGACAAAACCACUGAAGUUCCUCUCCUGCAAAGCUCAAGCUCAUCAGGAACGGCCUCUAGCUACCAAACCUUAGGCAACAUCAUCGUUUCAAUCGUUGGCACGGGCGUUUUAGGCCUUCCUUUUGCCUUUAAAGUGGCUGGCUGGGCUGCUGGAGCUCUUGGUGUCAUUAUUGUAGGGCUCUCAACUUAUUACUGUAUGCUUCUUCUGAUUCAAUGCAGGGACAAUUUGGCAUCAGAAGAAGAAUCAAAAGAGGCAAAAACAUACGGGGAUUUGGGAUUCAAGUGCAUGGGAACAACAGGGAGAUAUUUAACUGAGUUCUUGAUUUUCAUUUCCCAAUGUGGAGGCUCUGUUGCAUAUCUUGUCUUCAUUGGCCAAAACCUCUCAUCAAUAUUCAAAAGCCACAAUUUCACAUCCUCCUCCUUCAUAUUCUUAGUAAUCCCUCUUCAAAUUGUCCUCUCAUGGAUCAAUUCUCUGUCAUCCCUUUCACCUUUCAGUAUUUUCGCCAAUAUCUGCAAUGUGCUAGCCAUGGCUCUAGUGGUCAAACAAGAUGUGCAAAUGAUUGCCGGGGAAGAUUUUUCUUUUGGUGACAGGGAAGCCAUCACUUCUCAUAUUGGAGGGCUGCCAUUUGCCGGAGGCAUGGCAGUGUUUUGUUUUGAAGGGUUUGGGAUGACUUUGGCUUUAGAAUCAUCAAUGAAAGAGAGAGGCAGAUUUUCGAAACUAUUGGCUCAGGCUUUCACUGGUGUAACUCUUGUGUACGUUUUAUUUGGCUUUUUCGGUUACAUGGCUUAUGGUGACCAGACUAUGGAUAUUGUCACUCUCAAUCUGCCCCACAAUUGGUCUUCCAUUGUAGUCCAGAUGGGGUUGUGCUUGGGGCUAAUAUUUACCUUCCCAAUUAUGGUACAUCCAGUUCACGAGAUAGUGGAACAGAAGUUGAAGAAAAGCACAUGGUUUCAGAAGCUGCCCAGAAGGGCUUCUGACAAUUCAAUGACAAAUUUUGCAAAGUUUUGCAUAUACAUUAGCAGGGCAAUUUUGGUUUUAGGGUUGGCGACUUUGGCCUCAUGUGUGCCUGGAUUUGGAGCUUUCGUGUCACUUGUGGGAAGCACUGUUUGUGCCCUACUCUCUUUUGUUUUGCCUGCCUCAUUUCACCUCAAAUUGUUAGGUUCAUCCUUGAGUUUCUGGCGGAGGGCUUUGGACCUUUUCAUAUUAUCUUUUGGUUUGGUUUUUGCUGUUUAUGGAGCAUAUAGUUCCAUUGUGGGAGUUUGAAAGAAUUUUUAGUGAUAAUUAUGAGUAAUGAUAUAUAUAUAUAUAUAUAUUUUACCGGGGGUGUCUGGGUCAGUUUAUGUACACCUCAACUAAUCCUCCGGGACCUUAGAACUACUUAAGAGUUCCAGUAGUUAUCUCUAUUAGCAACCGAGAAGAGAUUUGAACUUAGGAUCUCUUAAGUAAUAUACCCAAGAGUUUUUAUUAAAUCACUUGACCAUCCAAAUAUAGUUAUGACUAAUGAUAUGUAAGAUUAAUUUUACAAAUACAAUAUCUGUGGCUCUAUUUACAAAUGGACAAUUAUGUAGUGGAAAGUUUACUUUAGAUUCAUUUUAUCUUGUAUCAGUUUGUGUAUAAGUUUUUGGGACCUGGGCAAUGUCAUGGGCCUAAUGAUUGUUAUCAAG